GCAUCAGGAUAGCGCGUAAAGUGGAGCCCCGGGGGGCGUGCCCCAAUGUCUGUGUCCCAGGGCACCAGCGGAGAGGCCCUGCGAGGAGAAGACGGAUUCAACAUGCUUGCUCCGAGCCAGGUUUCAUCAACCUUCUGGGCAUCCUUGAACCGGCCUGCCCUGCUGCCCGGCGGCCGGCGACCAAGCCCUACCGGUGCACGGAGUGUGAUAAGAGCUUUGGCCAGAGCUCUGUGCUGAUCGAGCACAUGCGGAUCCACACGGGCGAGCGCCCCUUUGUCUGCGGCCAGUGCGCGCACCCACACGGGCGAGAAGCCCUACCAGUGCCCCGAGUGCGGCAAGCGCUUCAGCGUCAGCUCCUACCUCCUCACCCACCCCCCCGCCCCGAGUGCGGCAAGCGCUUCAGCCGCACCUCCAACCUGGUGAAGCACCUGCGCACCCACACGGGCGAGAAGCCCUACGGCUGCCGGGAGUGCGGCAAGCGCUUCAGCCUCAGCUCCAAUCUCAUCAAGCACGAGCGCACCCACACCGGGGAGAAGCCCUUCGCCUGCGGCGAGUGCGGCAAGCGCUUCAAGAAGAAGACCCACCUGGUGUCCCACCACCGCACCCACACCGGGGAGCGGCCCUACGAGUGCACCGAGUGCGGCAAGCGCUUCAGCCAGAGCUCCACCCUCAUCGAGCACCAGCGCAUCCACACCGGCGAGAAGCAGUGCUUCUGCGUCAGCUCCAACCUCAUCAAGCACCAGCGCACCCACCUGGGCGAGAAGCCCUACAAGUGCCCCGACUGCGGCAAGGGCUUCAUCCAGAAGUCGGACCUGACCAAGCACCGGCGCAUGCACACCGGCGAGAAGCCCUACAAUUCAGAUGAGGAAAAUCCCAUAAAGAAGGGACAGCUCUGUCUAGGAUCAGCCCCCAGUGAUCAAGGUCCUUCACCCCUCUGCCAUCCCCUUUCUCCCUGGUGCAGGGAAGGAAUUCCAGUCCCCAGCCGUCGAGCAGGAUCCCAUUGUGCUCGGUGCUGUACGUUAUUUAUUCGGUGUGUCACGGUCACACCCAGGAGCCCACUUAUGCAUCAGGAUCUCGGUGUAGCUGAGAGAGGCAGCAUCAGGAUAGCGCGUAAAGUGGAGCCCCGGGGGGCGUGCCCCAAUGUCUGUGUCCCAGGGCACCAGCGGAGAGGCCCUGCGAGGAGAAGACGGAUUCAACAUGCUUGCUCCGAGCCAGGUUUCAUCAACCUUCUGGGCAUCCUUGAACCGGCCUGCCCUGCUGCCCGGCGGCCGGCGACCAAGCCCUACCGGUGCACGGAGUGUGAUAAGAGCUUUGGCCAGAGCUCUGUGCUGAUCGAGCACAUGCGGAUCCACACGGGCGAGCGCCCCUUUGUCUGCGGCCAGUGCGGCAAGCGCUUCAGCCAGAGCUCCACCCUCAUCGAGCACCAGCGCAUCCACACCGGCGAGAAGCCCUUCCGCUGCCCCGACUGCGGGCGUGGCUUUUACGUCAACUCCAAACUGGUCAAGCACCGGCGCAUCCACACUGGGGAGAAGCCCUACGGCUGCAGCGUCUGUGGGAAGAGCUUCCGCUAUAAGCAGCAAUUCACCCGCCACCAGAAGCUGCACCAAGGAGAGGAACCGGUGGCCGUCCUGACACUGGGGGGGGUUAACGUCCUCCUGACUUAGGACGGGAAUUCCUUGAACCUCCUGCAUUGGAGCACUGGAAUUCCUCGACUAGAUUUCCUGCAGCUGUGGGAGUGGGAUCUAGUGGUUAGGGUGGGGGUAGGGACUGGCAAUCAGGACUCCAUGGCUUUGGAAGGGGAGUGGAAUUUAGUGGGUAGAGCAAAGGGGGACAGGACUCCUAGGUUUUCUUUCUGGAUCUGGUAAGGAGGCAGAGUAUCAGUCUGGAGUCCUAGGUUCUACCCUGAACUCUAGGAGGGGAGCGAGAUAGAACAGGGUGGCUGGCAGUGGAGACUCCGGGGUUCGGUUCCUAGUGAGAGGUUGGGGAGGGGGGUCUAGUGGCUUAGUGAAAGGAGUCAGCGCUCUGGAGUUGUGUUCCCAGCAAGUUGCUCCCAGCCUGAGAGAUACUACUUUAGCAUGUUUGAACCUUUCCCAGAGCCAGACUGCUCUGGGGUGCCCCUCCUGUCUAGGGCAGCUGGUUAUAUACAACUGUUCAGUACUCUCCUGUUGGGAUCAGAGCUCCCAAGCAGAGAGCCUACUGGUUAGUUAUUGCCACACUAAAUUUAAGUGAAGCCUACUCGAAAUAACUUUCUGCAAUUGAGAACCCUUCCGUUCUAGAGACUAACAGACUGUAGACUCUGAACAGUACCAAAGGCAGUGUUCUUGGAAUUUUGACUGUGUUAUAUCGCCUUGUGUAUGCUAGUUCUGUGUUUGUGUAUUGGGAACAAUACCAGCCCUGCUCUGCUCUGGUGCUAUGGUGGAGAUUUAUAAGUAGUUGAAGGAAGGAGUGGGUAGAAUUCAAAUCUAAACUCCCCACCUCAGUAUUAACCUCAUCGCACCAAGUCAUUGUAGCAGGUUCCAUCCAUUGCAGCAGAAGAGAGAGGGCUUAUCUGCAUUGGGAAACAGAAGCUACUGCAGUCAUGGGUGGGUUCUCUCUUCUGGGAGAAGAGGGAUUUGAUUCCUGCGUAAGUGCUCUGUUUCAUAAGCUCACUAAUUAUCCCAGAGGAGAGUGGCCACAUGGGGAACUUGUUCCACAUCAAUUUUGGUCAGUGUCCCCAUCUAGACAAGCGCCCAAAAGAGAACUGGAGGCCGGUAUUCUCCUCUAGGGGUGGGGAAUGUGGUCUAGUGAGAGCAGGAAGGACUGAGAAUCAGGUCUCCUGGGUUGUUUCUGUGUCUGCUGCUGACCAUAAGCAGGCAAGUAAUUUCUUCACUCUGUUUUCCCCCCUCUUAAAUAGGGUGAUAACACUACUGACCUGAGUAUUUUCAGUUAAUAUUUAAAAGCAUGGUAUAAGUAUUAAUACUGUAAAUAGACCUGCCACUAGAGGGCAUUAAGUACACUACAUGAAUGAAUUAUGAUAUAAUUUGGGGACUGUAGACAGAGAUUCAAAUUACUACCUCCUUGUAACUGAGGCUGUGGUGGAUAAAGAUGCGUAUCCCUAGUGUUACAUGCUGUCCAGUGUUGCUUGGCCAAGUGUUAUGCUCAAAUGGGCCAUUGUUGAGUGGUCAUGUAGUAAAGGAUUGUAUUGUAUAUUCUAGUAAUACUGGGCGAUAGCCUUAGAUCACCCUAAUUCUGUUUUGUGAAUUUAGCAGGUUUUAGGGUUUUUUUUAAUUUAAAUGUAAUCCAAACAGAUAUUCUGGUCAUUAGUCAAACUACACCCAUGGGCUAUUGGCAAUUCAAAUCAAAGGGCUAAAGUAAAUCCUUACAGUAAUAUCAGAGAUUAACUUGAGCUGUCAGUACUAGUCAUGCUCAUAUGCUGUUGGCUGGUCCAUGGAGAGAAGGCAACAAUGUUGUGCUCAUACUUGAGUCAUUAUGAUGGAAUCCCGUUGGAUGUUGUCAUGUUUGGAAGGGGAAGGAACCUAGGAUGGCUCCUCCCUGUCUGUGGUUGUCUUGUGUUGACUGACUGUACGGGUGCGCGGGUGAUGUUUCCUUUGACGUAAAACCCCAAUAAAUCACA